UUGUGAAAAUAUAUACUUUUCAUUUUCUGUGCCAACGUUAUGGAGAGAACAGAAAAAUCAUGUAGAUGAUUGCUACUUUUGCUCAAUGAAUGUCGUCGGUAUAAAUGCAAAGAAACUAGCACGGUAUGAAUAUCCGGACGUAUCAUCAGUGUCGAAGCCAGUUCCACGUACGGACAGUGAUCCAUUGCCAAUUUGUCCAGGUAUAAGCGCAAAAAAUGUCCUAAGAACUUUGUCUUCAUCACAGUCGAGCAAAGAAAGCGAUUUCGUUAUGGAAGAAAAGCAUUUACUUUCGCAAAGUGAACUGAGUGAUUUGAUUCGCGAUUUGAAUUUAUCGAAACAAAAAGCAGAGUUGCUUGCAUCACGGUUGCAAGAAUGGAAACAUCUUGACCCUACAACACAAGUCACUAUAUACAGAAAUAGAAAUCACGCGAUUUUACCUUUCUUCAAAAAAGAAAAUGACAUGUGUUUCUGCAAUGACAUCAAAGGUUUAUUUGAUGUGAUGAAUACAGCAUAUGAUCAAAAUGAAUGGCGUUUGUUCAUAGAUGGUUCUAAAUACAGUUUGAAGGCGGCUCUACUCCACAUUGGAAAUAAAAAACCAUCGAUUCCGAUUGCUCACGCAGUACAAACUAAGGAAUGCUAUGACACAAUGCGUACAAUUUUGGCCAAGAUCAAAUACAAUGAGCAUCAAUGGAAAAUUUGUGGCGAUCUAAAGGUUAUUGGUCUAUUGGUUGGGAUGCAAUCUGGAUUCACGAAAUUUUGCUGUUUUUUGUGUCUGUGGGACAGCCGUGCAGUUGAUCAUCAUUAUGUGAGAAAGGUGUGGCCGAGUCGUACCCAUUAUGAGCCAGGACAACAAAAUGUGUCCUCUAUACCACUUGUGAACCCACAGGACAUUUUAUUGCCUCUUCAUAUUAAACUUGGCCUUAUUAAGAACUUUGUCAAAGCGCUCAAUCGCGAAGGACCGGCUUUCCAGUACUUAAUCAAGUUGUUUCCAAAACUGUCAUACGCAAAAAUCAAAGAAGGAAUAUUUGUCGGACCUGAUAUUCGAAAAGUAAUGGCUGAUGCAAAGUUUACAAAAUGUUUAACGCCUGAUGAAGCAGCAGCAUGGGCAUCGUUUAAAAAUGUUGUUCACAACUUUCUCGGUAACCACAAAUCACCGGAUUACAAACAAGUAAUCGACAAUUUUUUGAAGAAUUACCACAAGAUUGGAGCUCGAAUGUCUCUUAAGAUACAUUUUCUGCAUUCACAUCUUGAUUUUUUCCCACAAAACUUGGGCGAUACGAGCGACGAGCAAGGAGAGCGGCUACAUCAAGAUAUAGCGAAAAUCGAAAGGCGAUACCAAGGAUUUUGGGACGAAGGCAUGAUGAGCGACUACUGUUGGACCCUAAAGCGUGAAACAGAUCCCAAGAAAUAUAAAAGACUCAGUUCAACCUCUGUUCAUUUCUGAUUUAUACUUUUCAAUUCAAUAAAUGGCCGUUAAUGGUCAAAAAUACUAAAAUAAUGAAUUUAUUGAAUAUUUCGAAAACUAGAACCAAUUUCAAACAACGGGCUGCUGAUUUGGAUUCAGCCCCCGAAUCUACCUUAUAAACAGCUUUUGAUUGCUCAGGUCCAAAACCGUGUAUAC